AUGUUCGCCAACGUGGGCUACAUGGGCAAUUUGGUCUCGGGUGCGGCUGCCGAGGAGAUCGCGGGUUCUCGUACAAAGGAGCUCUGGAUGGCCGGUGCACAGAUCCCGGAUCUGUGCAUGGCGAUCCUCCAGAGCCUGUGCAUGCGCUUGACAGGACGAGGCAAGGUCAAUUCGGUAGCGUUCUCGCACGACAGCAGCCGCAUUGCAUCCGCGUCGGACGACGAAACCGUUAAGAUCUCGGACGCGGAGAACGGCACCUGCAUCUCGGUCGACGACGACGUGACUCAUCCAGGCUCAUCGGAGACGACUUCACGCCGACGCUACGUCCUGUCUAUCAUAUCGAAUUGCUGCCUACAGCUGUGCCGCGUCAUAGUUGCGCCCGAAGCCUCUGUGCUACAUUCGUUCUCGGAGCGUUCAUCCACGACAUCCCAACAUGGCGUCAUGGCGCAAGCUCUACAUCCGUCCAGGCCGACCGCGACGGACGACCUUGUCCGACGACUGCGGAGCGGUACCGAUCCGAAGGAGUCCUACGCUCUACAGGCCUUGGCAAAGGAAAUAAUCAAGAUCUUCGGAGAUGAGCGCCGUCCCUCGCACGUGCCAGAGGCCGCUGCGCUCGCCACCCUAGUAGUUACCAAAAUCUGUCCCGGGCGUUCAGCAACGCUAUGA